AUGUACGCUGAGUAUGAUGAGUCUGAGGACACUGAGAUGUACGAAGAUGAACUUUACCACGAGGAGUCAUCCAGUGAGCAGAGUGUUGAUAGUGAGGUGGAGUUUCAUCUCUACAGCCAGAUCCACUAUUCCCAGAACCUUGAAGAAAUGAGCACACUGGAGAUAGAUGAAGAAGCUGAUGAUACAGAAGUCACAGGUCUAACUGAGAAACAGGAUGAAGAUGAGACAAGCCCUGAAUUCACUGAUGGUGGUGCUCAGCUCUCAGCCGACCCUGAGGUCAUCAUCCUGUCCGACACAUCAGAUGGAGACAGCAUCUACAAAAGCAAAGCAGAGACGCCAAGAGGCUCUUCAGCUCGAGAUAAAGUCCACCCAGGAUCUUCCACGCCGAGCCACGCCAAAACUGCUGGACACAGUUCCCUGUGUCCCUCUGGAUCAGGCAUGGUUGUGCCAAGGCAGAGGAAAAGCACUGGGGGGAGGCCUAGCCCCGUCCGUGCUCCUGGUGCUAAUGCCGCCCACGACGUGUUGGUCAUAGAGGACAGCUCAGAGGAGGAGAGCUCAAGCUCGGACAGCGACAACGUGGAGAGCUGGAUGCUCCUGGGUGCUGGCGUGGAUGACAAGGACAGAGACAUCAUGCUGAACCUUGAGGGCUGUUCCACUCCUGUCAGCGAAG